AUGGUAAACCUAGUGGGAGGUCACGGCCCGACUCUUCUGAUUGUUACUUGGGUGGAAUUCGCCAUUGCACUCUCCCUAUUGCUGGCACGGGUGUACACGACACUGCGAAUAACGCGGCGCACCCGGAUCGAUCUAUAUCUAACACUUUUCACCUUUGCCGUUGGCACCGAGAGUCUUAUCGCGUUAACCCUGAGCAUCCUCCACGGCCUCGGUCAAGAUUCGACAAUCCUGACACAAGAUCAGGCUGCUAUGGCCAUAAAAUGGAGUUGGGUGAACCAGUUGUCGGCUCUUUUCGCCAUCGCGAUGGGGAAGCUAGCCAUUGUUGCUUUUCUGCAGCAUCUCCAUGGCCCCGAGGACCGCUGGAAAGUAGCGAUACUAUGGAUAGUGGCAUUCAGUAAUCUUGUGAUCAAUGUUAUCAUUAUAAUUAUCGUGUUGACUCAGUGCCAACCGUUGAGCAAGCUAUGGGAUGACAGACAUCCUGGGACUUGUGAUUAUCUCCGCACUCAGAAUUGUGCUUUUUUCCAAGGGAGCUGGUCUGCUUUGUGCGAUCUUAUCCUUGCCUUAUACCCGGUCAGCUUUUUCUGGAACGUACAGCUCAGAUUACCAGUGAAGACUGGGCUCUGCAUAUUGAUGGGGUUGGGAGUGAUCGCAUGCAUUUGUUCCAUUGUUAAAACAACCUACCUCCGCGUGCUCUCCAAGACCGAAAAUGUAACGUACUACUUGUCUCAGCUCAUCACAUGGAAUGAAACGGAGAUGUGGGUUAUCCUUAUCGUCGGAUGCAUUCCUCCAAUCCGUCCUCUCCUGAUGAUUAUAUUCCACAAAAUCCUGACCAGCGCACGAUCGGCGACUGGGCGAUACAAUAAACAUAGCCGUGAUGGGACAGAAUUGCAGUCCUACUCCCGUCCGUCCAAACACAUGCCAAAAGCACCCAAGCCACAUCCCCACGGGACGGACCUGUUGGUGAGCACUGUCAAUGGGAAGGGAAGCGAGGAGAAUAUCCUGUCGGUCGAGGAUGGUACAAUCGUCAAGACAACCGAUAUCAGCUUAACAUACGAAGUGCCGGCGGGAUCGAGAGAGCAUGGGGAACCUUACGGGCAGGUACUUCCCCACGAAAGGAUAUGA